CGCGGGCGGCUGGGACCGGCCGGGGCGAUGGGAGCCCGCGGCGAAGGCUGCGGCGGGAGCCGCAGGGGCUGCCCGAGCGGCGCGCGCGGGCGACCGGGGGCGCGGUGCGGGUAGCGCCAGGCCGAGCGCGGAGCCAUGGGCCACACCGGGACCCGGGCUGGGGUCGCGGCGGCGGCGGCGGCGUGGGCGCUGCUGCUGUUGGCUUGGCCCCCGCCCGCCGCAGGCGACAGCGGCGAGAGCGAUGUCAGGCUGGUGUCCGAGCAGUUCUCACAGUCCCCACAGAAGCUGUCUUUCUACAGCUGGUAUGGCAGCGCCAGGCUCUUCCAAUUCCGCGUGCCCCCAGACACCGUGCUGCUGCGCUGCCUGUUCCACGUGUCACGGGGAGGCAGUCCCACGUGUGCCAACGUGGAGAUCACCGUGUACUUCCGCUAUGGCGCCCCGCCAGUCAUCAACCCCCUGGGCACCAGCUUCCCUGACAAUACCUCUGUGCAGCCCUCCUUCCUCGUCAAGAUGCUAGAGAGCAACGCCUCUGUUAACAUCUCCCACCCUGCACCCGGGGACUGGUUUGUGGCUGCCCACCUGCCCCCUUCAUCCCAGAAGAUUGAGGUGAAGGGCUUUGCUCCCACCUGUGCCUACAUCUUCCAGCCGGACAUGCUGGUCGUGAGGGUAGUUGAGGUCUCCAUUCUGGAGCCAGAUAUGCCCCUUCUGCAGACCCUCCUCUCCCACCCCAGCUACCUCAAAAUCUUCAUCCCUGAGUACACCCAGGAGUUGCGUCUGGAGCUAAAGGGCUGUGUGUCCAACGGGAGCCUGGGCUGCCCCGUGCACCUCACCGUGGGCUCGGCCACCCUGCCCAGCAACUUCCAGAAGGUGCUGGCCUGCACCGGCCCCACCAGGACCUGCCACCUGCUGCUGCCCUCGCCACCCUGGGAUAGAUGGAUCCAAGUGACAGCCAAGAGCCUGGCAGGACUCCAUGUGUCUGUGGCAUUCAGCAUCGUGGCUGCCAUCACAGCCUGCAGGCCGGAGACCAUAACCUCGCGGCACCUUCAGAGCAGUCUGAGCCAGAGCCGCAACACCUCCACUGGCCUGCUGCCCAUGAGCCUUGGCCACCAGGACCCGGGUGGGAGCCAUGGGCUGGGCAGUAGCUCCUUCUGCCUCACGAGCUACCCCGUCGUGCGGGAAGACGUGGAUGUGGUGUCUGUGCGGUUCCGGCCCCUGGACAGGGUCUCCGUGUUGGUACAGUCUGGCAUGCCCUCAGUGAUGCGGCUGUACCUCGACACAGGCAUGGACAGUGGGGGCUCCCUCACCAUCUCCCUGAAGGCCAAUGAGACCGCACUUGCCAACAACACCCUGGUAGUGGUCUGCGUGAAUGCCGCCGCCCCCUUCCUCAGCUUCACCACCUCGCUCAACUGCACCACAGGCCUUCCCACCCCUGCAGCCUUCUUCCAGGGCUAUCCCCUGUCUCUGAGCACCUCAGCUCACAAGGCCACCCUCAUCAUCCCCUACCCAGAGACAGACAACUGGUACCUCUCCCUGCAGCUCGUGUGCCCUGAGGGUCCUGAGGAGUGUGAGCAGGUUCUGGUCCCAGUGGAAACCACCUUAUACUUGGUGCCUUGCCUGAAUGACUGCGGACCCUAUGGCCAGUGCCUCCUGCUGCGCAGACACAGCUACCUGUAUGCAGGCUGCAGCUGCAAGGCAGGCUGGCGUGGGUGGAGCUGCACAGACAAUAGCACAGCCCAGACGGUAGGCCAGCAGAGGCUAGCCAUGCUCCUGCUAACCCUCAGCAACCUCAUGUUCCUGGCUCCUGUUGCCAUCUCCAUGCGCCGCUCACUCCUGGUGGAGGCCUCCGUCUAUGCCUACACCAUGUUCUUCUCCACGUUCUACCACGCCUGCGACCAGCCUGGGGAGGUGGUGCUGUGCAUCCUCAGCUAUGACACGCUGCAGUACUGCGACUUCUUGGGCUCUGGAGUAUCCAUCUGGGUCACCAUCCUCUGCAUGGCGCGGCUGAAGGCAGCCCUGAAAUAUACCAGAAGGAGGGCUUGCUGCUGCUCUCAGAAGCCUCCUGUCUUUCCUGGUGCCCAUUGGAAGAAACUGCUUUCAGAUAUCAAGGGACUGUGCUGGCAGGUUGGAGGGACCAGGACAGGAAGGUGGUGGGCAGGGUUAGGUUCUGUUUCUUCUGGGCACGCUGGUGUUUGCCAUGUCCUUGCAGCUGGACCGCAGGGGUGCCUGGAACAUGAUGGGGCCUUGUUUGUUUGCCUUUGCAGUCAUGGCCACCAUGUAUACCGCUGCGGGCACCGGCGCCACUGCUACCCCACCUCCUGGCAGCGCUGGGCCUUCUGCCUCCUGCCUGGCAUCAGCAUGGCUGCUGUGGCCAUUGCCAUCUAUACUUCUAUGACAACCAGUGACAACUACUACUACACCCACAGCAUCUGGCACAUGCUGCUGGCAGGGAGUGCCGCCUUCCUGCUGCCGCCGAGGGAUGCGCACACCAAGCCCUGGGCCUGUUCGCAGAAGCUCCCCUGCCACUAUCAGAUCUGCAGGAACCACCGGGAGGAGCUGUAUGCGGUCACGUGACACGGUCAAGGCCGCUCUCAGGAUGACCUCUCCAACCAGGGGCAGGACUGAGGGAGAGGGACCCCGUCCAGAUCAAUUUCCAGCUGAAUAAAAUUGCCCUGCACACCU